GGCAAUCGAAGGAAUAAGUGCACAAAGCGAACGAUCGUAGACGUGAAGGUGGUCGACACAGAGAAGCGUCGCCUUCCUAGCAAACAUUACGUUUACAAGAUCAGUGUGACGUGGUCAGAAGGCUCAACGUUAGUCAUUUACCGUCGCUACAGCAAAUUCUUUGAACUGCAGGGAGCAACGGAAAGGUGUCGUCUGCUGGAGUUGUUUCCAGAAGAAGGAGGCACGAAGGAUCCAACACAGCGAAUGAUUCCAUUUCUUCCCGGAAAGAAGAUCUUUGGCAGAAGUCACGUACGCGAAGUGGCAAUGAAGCGUCUAAAUCUGAUCGAUGAGUAUUGCAGGUCGUUGUUGCGACUUCCUCCCAAAGUGUCUGAGUGUGAUGUGGUGAUGGAAUUUUUUAACGUGUGGCGUGAAGACAACAGCCUACAUGCUGAAGAGGAAUAUUUGAAGGCAAAGAAGAGCAAAGAUCAAGUUGGCGAGAGUAUCACAGACCCCAUUCUGUUAGAGCAAUACUCGGCCAUCGCAGAUUACAAGAAGCAGCAGAAGAAUGAAGUCAACUUGAAAGGUGGAGAGCUUGUUGAGGGCAUAGAGAAAAAUGAGAACGGGGUGGGUGCUUGCCUUGUACUUAGAGAAGGCAGAUGGGACACAAGAGCCAGAAGGAAAGAGAUUAAAGCCAGGGAAAGAUAUCUAGACAACACUUGAAUGCACUCAGACUUACAAGCAACUUGAUUCAGAGUUGAUGAUACUUACAGUGACGAUACCAACACUAACAUAGUAAUACGACGUUGUGCAAGAAGGAUGCAUGAUGAUCAGAACAGAUCAAUAAGUGUGACAAUGUGCGCUCUACUCCUUGAUGUUCCACACACACAAAUUAUGAUGGUCAGAAGUCCAAGGCUUCGUUUGUACUCCCUUUGUUUUGAAGACGGCAACAGUUGGCGCUUGCUUUUUCAAAUACCGUUGUCUCUCAGAUGGAACUGCACGUGCUGUGAGUUGAUAAAUUGGUGUGUGACGAUUUGGGAGAUCAAUGCAAAAGGUGCUUUUCAGACAAUAACAUCUCAUCUGCAGCAAUUAGCAACAUGAGCUGUUGGACAGGAAGUUGGAAAGAGGGGGAGAUUGGUAAUGGGAAAGUAUUUGAGACCAUGUUUGGUAGAUGACCUUUCCACACAUUAGAUUAUGUGGAAAUGUUCUAUUUCAGACUAGAACGCAACUCUCCCUCGGAUGUGAGGGUGUGUGAGGAGGAGUAUAUAAGAGCAAGCUCACCAGCUCCCUUCAUCAGUAUCGAGGAUAUCGGUCAUCAUCAUGUUUUCAUUUUUUGUGACAGUUCUUGUGCUCAUUCAAGUCAUUGCUACUUGUGGUGGUCAAAGUGUGUCAGAUGAGAGAAAUCAGCAGACAUGUGUGCCUGCUGGCGUUCCAGGAGUACCUGGAUCACCUGGGUUGCACGGAUCACCCGGACGAGACGGAAUGAAAGGAGAAGAAGGAUUGAAAGGAGGGAAAGGAUUAGUUGGAGAUGUCGGUGGUAAAGGUAAUGCUGGGAAGAUAGGUCCACAAGGAAUAAAAGGAGAAGAAGGUGGAAAAGGAGAGAAAGGAGAAGCUAUGACACUCAACUGGAAACAGUGUGUGUGGAAUAGAUAUGAUAGUAAGGACAGCGGUCUGAUUCAGAACUGUAAUUUUAGGAAACAUGACAGCAAUUCAGCUCUACAUGUUGCAUAUGCAGGAAAUCUCAGGGUUGAAUGCUCCAGUGGUGCUUGCUGUUCUCGAUGGUAUUUUACAUUCAACGGUAACGAGUGCAGUGGACCUAUGACUAUUGAGGGAGUUGUGUAUGGUAGUCCAGCUAGUGACAAUCCUCUCCAUCACAGACAGAUUGAGGGAUACUGUGAGAACAUUCCAGCAGGUCAAGUCACAAUUGGAUUCAACAUUGGAAACUGUAGAUAUACAUCAACAACGUAUGAUGGUGCUACAGGAUGGCAAUCAGUAUCUCGCAUUAUGAUUGCAGAAGUUCCUCCAUCACAAAAGUGACUGAAUUAGAGAGAAAUUAGAACUUGUGUUCAGUGUAGUUUGCAGUACGUACGGUACGAGGAAGCUGAAGUAGGAGGCUGGAUGGUGUGUGCAUGUCUCUCUUUGCUGUAUGUGAGUGUAUGUAUGAUUAAUUCAACGUGUAGCUGCAAGUAAUAAUCAAUAUCGU